UACAGGAGGAAAGCGCUGCCUUGUGUUCAGCUCAGCAGACAGGACGCUACCCGAAAAAUUUCCACUACACGAGAGAGCGUAUGCGGGGAGAGCGGCUCCUGAAAACGGCCGCUUCGUGCAAUGAUGCAGCACCUUACACCAAAGAAACCCUGAUCGCACUGCAGGACACGACCGGCUGUCGGGUUCCCUGGAUGGAAAACAGUGAUGUUGCCUCGACAUAAAUUCUGAAUGAUUGAAGACUGCGUAGGGAGCGGUGACAACAUGGCAGAUAGAAGGCAACUGUUAGCGGAGAUGAGGGCUCAAGAUUUGGAUUCCAUAAGGUUAUCCACAUACAGAACAGCCUGCAAACUAAGAUUUGUUCAGAAGAAAUGCAAUUUGCAUUUAGUUGACAUCUGGAAUGUCAUCGAGGCUUUCCGAGAGAACGGUAUCAACACCAUGGACCUCAACGCCGAGCUCUCUGUAGCUCGUCUAGAAGUGGUACUGUCCACCAUUUUUUACCAGCUCAACAAGCGAAUGCCCACCACCCACCAGAUCAAUGUGGAUCACUCCAUCAACCUGCUGCUCAACUUCCUGCUGGCAUCAUAUGACCCGGAGGGCCAUGGCAAAAUAUCCAUCUUUGUUGUGAAGAUGGCCGUAGGCACCAUCUGUGGGGGAAAAAUUCUGGAUAAAUUAAGAUAUAUUUUUUCACAGCUUUCAGAUUCUGCUGGAUUAUUGGUGCACUCACAGUUUGACCAGUUUUUGAGGGAGGUUCUCAAAUUACCCAUGGCAGUUUUUGAGGGACCUUCUUUUGGUUACACAGAACAAGCAGCGAGAGCGUGCUUUACACAGCAGAAAAAGGUCUCCCUCAAUACAUUCCUCGAUACAUUGAUGUCAGACCCACCCCCUCAGUGUCUGGUGUGGUUACCACUCAUGCAUCGGCUCGCCAACGUAGAGAAUGUCUUUCACCCGGUCGAGUGCUCCUACUGCCAUACUGAGAGUAUGAUGGGCUUCCGCUACCGCUGCCAGCAAUGUCAUAAUUACCAGCUCUGUCAGGACUGCUUCUGGAGGGGGCAUGCCAGCGGUUCCCAUAGCAACCAGCACCAAAUGAAGGAGUAUACGUCAUGGAAAUCCCCUGCUAAGAAGUUAACCCAUGCCCUCAGUAAGUCACUGAGCUGUGCAUCCAGCAGAGAGCCUCUCCACCCCAUGUUUCCUGACAUGCCAGAGAAACCUCUGAACCUCGCUCACAUUGUAGAUACGUGGCCACCGAGACCAGUGAACUUCACCAAUGACUACGCACUCUCCCACUCCAUGCCUACAUCAGGGAACCCUUACUCCACCAAAAAGUUGAACUACAACCUUGAUGUCGCAGAUAGACUUGCUGAUGAACAUGCUCUGAUUGGCUUCUAUGUGAAUCUACUCCAAAACAACCCCAAAACAUGUUUGCUGGAGAGCAGUAACCAUCAAGAUGAAGAGCACAGUCUCAUCGCCCGCUAUGCUGCCAGACUGGCUGCUGAUGCUGCGGCUCAGCAGCACAGGGUCCCCACAGACCUCCCCUGCUCUCUGGAUGCCAACAAACAGCAAAGACAGCUCAUCGCCGAGCUUGAGAGCAAAAACAGAGAAAUCUUGCAGGAAAUCCAGCGGUUGCGCCUCCAACAUGAAGAGGCCUCCCAGCCACCUCCUGACAAGGGCCAGCAUAACCCAACCCUGCUGACUGAGCUACGACUUCUCAGGCAACGCAAAGAUGAGCUUGAACAAAGAAUGUCUACUCUGCAGGAGAGUCGGAGGGAACUCAUGGUGCAGCUGGAGCAGCUAAUGAUGCUUCUUAAGACUCAGGGUCCCGGCUCUCCACGCUCUUCCCCCAGCCACACCAUCAGCCGGCCGAUCCCCACACCAAUCCAGUCCAACUCUGCUGUCACGACCCCGACGCACACACCUCAGGACUCACUGAUGGGCGUUGGAGGGGAUGUUCAGGAGGCCUUUGCUCAGGGUCCUAGAAGAAAUCUGAGAAACGACUUACUCAUUGCUGCUGACUCAAUCACCAACACAAUGUCAUCACUGGUUAAAGAACUCAAUUCAGAAGGUGGAAGUGAGACUGAGAGCAUUGUGGAUUCAGACUUUGGACGUGCUGAUCUACUGGCCACAAACUCUUCAGACCCCCUCUUUGAAUUUAAACCAAGGAGUUCCAGCGCGGCUGAGGAGAGCUUCGAGAUUGACCUGGAGCAGCAGCUGGAGGACGAGCUCAAGCUGGAGGAGCUGAUGAAGCACAGACAGGAAUCAGACAAAACGUGCAUGUUGACUCUGCAGCAGUAACCGUGUUGGUCCAGGUGACUGGUGAGCAAUAUGAAAAGCAACAAUAGUAGAAGACACUGGACAGGAUAACACUGGGCCUGCAGUACAUAGCACUGAAGAUAUGGAGAAUUUAAGUUGAACAAAUGGCUGAAUCCAACCAUAGAUUACAUUUAUGUGAAGAUAUAUUUUUUAACUAACCACAUAUUUAAGGUAAUACUGUGAGCUGAUGUAAAGAGAUUAAUUAGGGAUCUGUCUAUUAUACCACUGGUGCCAUAAAACCACAUGACUUUGGGGAAUUCUUUCUUGAUUUAUAGCCUUUUUUAUAUGAUUUGUCAAGCAAAUGUACAACUUCAAUGUUAGUACAGGGUUGCAAACGUGAUUAAGUAAUGAUUUUAAGUUCUAAUGUUUUAUGAAAAUAGUGAACCAGGUUUAUUUGUCAUCUGAUCUAAGAUAUAAACCUGAGAUCAAGUCAAACUUGAAGUUUUAGAUGAUCAAAUUGCAAUAUUUUGUAAAUGUCUAACUCAGAAAAAUGUACCACUAUUCCAUAGAUUUCUUACUGUUUCUGUCGAGUGGCUUUUUUUAUUGACUUUUUUGGAGCAGGCUAAUCAGAUAUUUUUGUUUUAUUUGAUACGUUAUCGUAAUGCACACUGCCUUAGCUGAUUGGAUGGCCUCUUUAAUGAGCUCAUUCAAACUGUCAAUGCAGCAUGUAUAGCUAGCAACAAGACACAGUGCUCAGGUGCAUUGCUGGCUUAAUUCACUGGACAAAUCAGGUUUAACUCAUCCAAUCUGAUGUAAAGAAGUGCGUUUAUCUGUAGAGGGAUCUGCAACACUACACUGUCUACAUAUAUUGUAAAUUGACCAUGAAAAUAGAUGGAUUGAUUAGAUUAACAGAGAAUUCGAGUACUCUUAAUUACUCAGAAUCAAAGGUUUGCACUGUAAAGAGCAUUGAUCAAAUUGUGUUUAUCUUCAAUUGUUUACGAACAAAGGUUUGGCCACAGGUCAUUUGCCAUUUUGUCAGUUAACAGCACUGCUCUCACAGAGAGAUCAUGGUGUGUCCUGCACACCAUUAUUCACAAUUGUGAUAUAGUUUCUGAGUGUGCGUGAAACUAAACUCAGUCGCUUUAGAAAAAGUGGCAAGCCAAUCUAAAAAUCAUAAAUGUGUGAAAUAUAUCUGGUUUGAUUUUUGAGCAAGUUCAUAGCAGUGAUUUUGCAUGGUGGUGAUACAUAAUAAAGUGUUGACACAAAA